AUGGGGACUCAAUCAAACAAAGAGCUUUUCUUGAAUGGAUUUGUAAAGCUUUUGAAAGAACAGCCAACCGAUGUACUCCUAAAGGCAUGUGACGGUGAUAAGAAGGCAGUUAUUCAUGCCCAUAAGCUUAUUCUGUCUGCAAGAUCAGAGGUGUUUAAGAAGAUUUUAGAAUCAGACAAUUUGAAGGCUUCGUCUAGGCUGGAAACAAUCACUCUCUCAGAGCUGAAACACGAAGAAUUAGAGGCUCUCGUUGAGUUUAUUUAUAGCGAUGGCUCUAUGCUUUCAAAGAAAGCGAAGCAAUACGUUAGGUCACUUUAUCGUGCAGCCGACAAAUAUGAGAUUCCGCAUCUACGUGACCUAUGCCGAAACGAGCUUAUUUCAUCUCUUGGCUCUUCCAAUGCUCUUCAACUUCUUGUGUUCGCCCAAAUCCCGUUCGACAAAGCCCUCAGUGAUGCUGUCUUCAACGUUAUCAAAGAAAAUACUUUCUAA